AUGUCAUCUCUAACGGGUGAACAGUUGGCUCGAAUAGAAGAAAAUCGAAAGAAGGCAUUAGAAAGAAGAGCAUUGAGAGCAAAAAUUGAAGCGAAUCGCCAGAAGGCUUUACAAAUUCAAGCUGCGAGAAUAAAAGAUCAGCAUGUGCCUUUAAGUGCAUUUAAAGUACAGUCACCAUCACCCAGUUCACCAUCACCCAGUUCACCAUCAUCCAGUUCACCAUCUUCCGGUUCUUUAAAGGAACAAAUAAUUGAUAUCCCUAAAGAAACAAUUGUAACCAGUCCCCCUAUUAAGAAGGUGAAGCACUUGGUUAAUAAGGAAACACCGAUCACAUUCAAACAGUCUGCUGCCUUUACACCUUCCAAAAAUAUUGUGUCUGGUCAUUGCCAAAUGAUAUCUAAAGAACACUUUGUAGUUGAAGUGAAUUAUCAUAAAAUAAUGAUUGACAUUUUUAAAAAAAUAAAAAGUGCAAAUUAUGAUAGUACAAGUAAAAAUUGGAAAUUUAAUGUAAGAGAUCAUGACGAACUUCUGAAAGAACUGCGGGUGUUGAAAGGUGAAGUGGUUAUUAGUGGAAUACCACGUAAAAUACUUGAUCUGUUUUUGAAACCUCCCGUGGACUUUCGUAAACAGGAUAUUGACAUCAGUGCAAUAGACCCACAUUUGUUAAAUCGUUUGAUGCCAUUUCAAAAAGAAGGUAUUUUAUUUGGAAUUGCAAGAAAAGGAAGAUGCCUAAUUGCUGAUGAUAUGGGUUUAGGAAAGACAAUUCAAGCUUUAGGAAUUGCUCAUUAUUACCGAAAUGAUUGGCCUCUUAUUGUGGUGUGUCCAACUUCUGUGAGAUUUCAUUGGUUGGAAGCCAUACAUGAUUGGCUUCCAAGUGUUCAGCCCCACACUAUAAAUGUGAUGACAUCAGGAAGAGAUUUUGAUGCCAGUGCUAAAAUCAUCAUAACAUCAUAUAAUCUUGUGUCACGUCAUUUUCAAGUACUAAAUAGGAUUGCAUUUGGUAUAGUUAUUGUGGAUGAGUCUCAUUUUUUAAAAACACAUUCAUCAGCUCGUUCUAAGGCUGUGUGUGGUUUACUAAAAAAUUGUAGGCGAGUGAUUCUACUGAGUGGCACACCAGCACUCUCCAGACCCUGUGAACUUUUCACACAACUAAAUGCUAUUGAUCCCUCCACCUUUCCUCAUUUUCGAGAGUAUGGGAUUCGUUAUUGUUCUGGGAAACAAACCAACAUGGGAUUUUGGGACUACAAUGGUUGCUCAAAUAUGAAAGAGCUACAUUUAGUAUUACAGCAAAGUGUUAUGAUUCGGCGAUUAAAGUCUGAAGUAAUAUCUCAACUCCCAUCGAAAUUACGACAGAUGAUAUUACUUAAAUUGGAUGAUAUUAGUAGUAAUGAAGAUAUUAAAGACUUUGAAAGGGCUCUUCAGAACAAGAGGUUGAAGGGAAUGGAAAGAAGAGGUACAUUACUGCAGUAUUAUGCGGUAAGUGGCAAGUGUAAAUUACCAGUCAUUAUUGAUUACUUAAAUGACCAACUGGAGAGUGGGAAGAAGUUCAUUAUUUUUGCUCAUCAUAAAGUUGUAAUAGACAACAUAUGUGAAACUAUUUCCAAAAAGAAUGUGGAUUUUAUUCGCAUUGAUGGUUCAACUACUUCUCUUUGUCGUAAGCAAAUGUGUGAAAAGUUCCAGUUAAAUGAAAAAUGCCUUGUUGCUGUCCUUUCUAUUACUGCUGCUAAUGCUGGCAUUACAUUAACUGCUGCACAGUUAGUAAUUUUUGCAGAAUUAUUCUGGAAUCCAGGAAUCUUGACUCAAGCUGAAGAUCGAGCCCAUCGAAUUGGUCAAAAGGAUUGUGUUCUUGUGCAGUAUUUAGUAUCUCCAGGUACAGCAGAUGACCACUUGUGGCCACUUAUUCAGUCAAAAUUAGAAGUGUUAAAUAAGGCUGGAUUAAGUAAAGACUCGUUUCAGACUUGCGCUACAUCAACUGUAGUCUGUAAAAGAACAGAUCAGAAGAGUAUAACAGAUUUUUUCGGUGCUUUGGAGGAUGAUGAUGAAGACGAUAUUUUAUUGAAAGCAUUGGAUUCUUUGGUAUGA